AUGGCUCGAUUAAAUGUCAAACUUUUAGUUUUAUUAUUAGUCAUUUUGGCUACUGUUAUCUCUGCCGUGGAAAUCGAUGUUGUUGUUGGCCAAGGUGGUACACUUACUUAUACUCCAUCAGAUAUUACCGUAAAAGUAGGCGAUACGGUAAUUAUUCUACCCGAAACCGGUACUGUUGGUGCGAGUGGAACAUUAAAUAUCACUCAAGAUUUACCGUCAACAUUCGGAAUUUUCUGUGAUGUACCAGGACACUGUGAUGGUGGUUUGAAUG